UUUGUUGAGACAACGACCGUUCGAUCCUUCCGCAUUUCAGAUGGAAAUUAUCAACACCAACAUCAGAUGACAAUUUAGGAACUGUCUUGUUAAUUUACGUUGUAGCUAACUAAUCGAUUACACUUUGUUGUAAACGAAAUGGAAAUUUGAAUACUGAGUUACUAUAUUUUCAUAAAAUCGUCUUGUUUCAAGCGUUUGGCAAAGAUGCGGGAUCUUCAAUACCUUGACAAUGAAACAUGUUGGCUUGUCAAAGAGCUGAAGUCAAACAUUUCUCAAGAAUCAUACUUUUUACCUAGGGGAACUGGCCUGAAUAUAAUGGAGUCUGCAGCAGAGAAUCACAAUGGAGUCUCUGCAAAAUGCAGAAAUGCCAAAGUUGAAGACUUGUGGAGCCUGACCAGUUUCUUUGGUUUCAGCACCCAGACAUUUGUUCUGGCUGUCAAUCUACUGGAUAGGUUCUUAGCCAUUAUGAAGGUCCAACCUAAGCAUCUGCCUUGCAUUGGAGUCUCCUGCCUCCAUAUUGCUGCCAAAAUGGUUGAGGAUGAGUGUAACAUCUCACCCACCCAUGAACUCAUCCGCAUCAGCCAAAGCAAGUUCACUGUUUCUGACCUCAACCGAAUGGAGAAGAUAAUCUCUGGAAAACUCAACUUGGAGCUCAAAGCCGUCACAGCCUUAACCUUUUUACACUUAUACCACGCUGUCAUCGUAUCACUUACAUCAGAAAGGGAGGAGAUCCCAAGCAUUGGGAGACUGGAAGCCCAGCUAAAGGCCUGCUUAUGUCAGCUUGUUUUCUCUAAAGCAAAAGUAAGAAUUAUUCUCAGGCCAACACAAUUGUUAAAUUAUAAUUACUUUGAGUUGCAGGACCGAUAUGUUUUUUUUUUUUUGCCAUCGGUGCUGGCACUGUCUGUCGUUUGUCAGGAGUUUGAAGCCCUCCAGUCUCUUGCCAUGUUGGAAAUUGUCCAAGAUGUCCAAAGGCACCUAAAGAUUGUUGACAGUGAGUUACACUACUGGAGGGGUCUUGUGGCCAAAUGCAUGACUGAGUACCGCUCAAGUGAAUGUAACAAACCAGACAACAAAAAACUGGUGUGGAUCGUGUCCAGACGAACUGCCCAAAAUUUGCACGAUAAUAACUUCAGUGUCCCUGAACUGCCGACCAUUCCAGAGGGGAGCUGGGGUGAAAGUGAGAGUGAGGAUUCCUGUGAGGACAUGAGCUGUGAAGAGGACAGCCCGUGCAGCUCUCCUGGCAGCGACGAAAAGGGAGCCUUCUUCCCCGUAGAGUUUCGCAACCAGGGCAGAAAAUGAUACUCCCUCUUUUUGAUGAGCUCAAACUUGUGAUUGAGAUUAUGUGUAACCGGGGUGCUAAAUGUAACUUUCCCUAAAUGUAAUGUUUCCCCUUCCUUGUAGUCAUGAUUCAGGACAAAAUGGUUUCUUUCACUUGGCAUACUGUAUGUGUGACAGACUGGUAUCAAACUCAGGUUGCCUGCGAGCCUGGUUAGCCCUCUCCACUAAAGCCUUGGUGUGGACAUAAGUCUUCCUGUCUAAAGCUAGGUUACUGACGGGAGCGUAGUCCAACAAACCACCUCUGCUACAUACAUAUGUAUUCUGGAAAUACUGAACAACAGGCCCUAUCAAGUGCCUGUGUUAGUCCAUGUGCUGUUUUUAAACUUUUGUUAUGAUUUUAGAUCUGAGUGAGAUUUAAAUUGCAAUAUUUUGGCAGCUGACUGGCAAUAAGAUCUUUGAAAGCCUUUUUAAAGAUGUUGCUGGUGUCAAUCUAUGUCUAAAUUUGACACAUUCCAGGUGACAUUAAGCACAAUGGUGUAAUGAUUUUCUUCCUAGGAUGUCAAACCUGUGCACUGACUGUUUAAAUCAAUGGGAAAUACCCAACAUAUUGGUACAUUUGUGCAAAACUUUACCUGUUUUAUAGAAUAAUAUUCAUGUAAAAGUUUCCUAUACACCAUGUUAUUGUAAUGUGUUUGUAAGAUUAUAUGCAGGAUGAUACUGUAUUCUAUGAAUGGUGACUUGUAUGUAAAUGUGAUUGUGUUAGAGAAUGAUGGUGAUUGUUGUCUAUUGAGAUUCAGUACAUGUGCAACAUAUUUAUAUUUAAACAAAUAACAAUGUACAUAAAAUUAAGAAAGUUGUAUCAUGCUUUGUGAAUAGGCCAUCUUAUGUUACUGUAUAUCAACAUAUUGUUAGAAAUGAACCAAGAACCCUAAAAAUAAAAUAGUAUUUUUAAA